GACAGGCGAAAAUGACGUGAUUUGUUCAUUACAAUGAUAAUCUCUAUUGACUGUUCCAACCACUUAUUAUCUCUCCCUCCAUUCCUUCUAGGUUGAGCUUUGUAUAGAACCUGGUCAGAGCUUAGGACUGAUGAUAAGAGGCGGUGUAGAGUACAAUCUAGGAAUCUUCAUCACUGGUGUGGAUAAGGAUUCUGUAGCGGAUCGGGCGGGAUUAAUGGUGGGCGACCAGAUUUUGGAAGUGAACGGCCAGUCGUUCAUGGAAGUAACCCACGAUGAGGCUGUAGCUACUUUGAAGUACCACAAAAGAAUGUCGCUUCUCGUUAGAGACGUAGGAAAAGUGCCACAUUCGUGUACUGCUUAUGAUAGGGACUGGGAUCUUUGUAGCCCAGGGAGCAGGGUGGCAGCCACAACUAGGAAAUGGGCAGCUGCUCUGCAAAUGGUAGAGGAAAAAGCCCGUUGUUUACUGCCUAGGCCUGAAUUUACUUCCUUAUGUUACUACACGGAUGAAUAUGCAGCUAGACAUAUGACCAUAGAUGCCUUCGUACAAGUUGUGACUGAAUUACUAAACACACCUGAAAAGUACACACUAAUGACCGAACUUCGGGAAAUAGUGGCUCCUGAAGAUAGGGUUAAGUUCGACGAAUUAGUUUAUAGGAGGGACUCGGAAUACUCUAGAAUCCGGGACCCACGAGAACAUGACUAUAGGCAUUCCAGGAGAAAAGGAGUACCGAUACCUGAGAACAACCACGCAAUCUACGCAGGAUACCAUGAGGAGUACGGCUCAGAGUCACUUCCAGCUGGUGUUGGUUAUAACGAAGAAGUUUACAGGUCACCCUCAGAAGAUUCCGGCCUGGGGAUGGGUAUAUCCGACAGAAAUCCAAGGAAGCACCAUGGCGGCAAAACCGUGUCUGACUUAAACGACGAAGAUCACCGUAACCAGGAAUACGGUAGCGGUGACGAAGAGAAUGCUCCUGAUGGAAGAAAUAGAAGACAUUCAAGUCCUCCAGAUUCGAGGUCAGGAAGCACAACAGCCUUGCACCAACAGGAUUACGCAGAUUCGGUGAGUCCAGUUCAAAUAAUAAAUGUCACUAUUCAAAUAUAAUAACCACAAUUGAG